AUGCAGGGAAGGGAAUCCUCCAAAACGGCUCUGGAGGCGAACUCUCCUGGCAGAGACCACUCUCCCCACCGGGAUCCCUCCUCUCCUCCCAGCAGCCACCUCCACCUCUGCCGUGAUAGGGCUGGGGAGGCAGGAGAUACUGGGACAUCACAGGUUUUUCCCCUCUGCUCGGUGGGCAGCCAAACCCAAUACUGGCCGUUCUCUGCUUCGGAUCUCUAUAACUGGAAAACUCAUAAUCCGCCCUUCUCCCAAGACCCCCAAGCAUUAACUGGGCUAAUAGAGUCCAUUCUCCUGACCCAUAGGCCUACGUGGGAGGAUUGUAACCAACUUCUACAGGCCCUCCUUACAACCUAAGAGAGACAGCGUGUCAUCCUAGAGGCUCUUAAGAACGUGCCGGGGGAUGAUGGCAGGCCCACUAAACUACCAAAUGAGAUCGAGGAAGCCUUCCCCUUGACUCGCCCCAAAUGGGACUUCAAUACCCCUCGCAGUAAGGAGCAACUCUGUCUCUAUCGCCAGAUUUUCCUGGCAGGUCUCAAAGGGGAAGGUAGACACCCCACCAAUUUGGCUAUGGUAUGUGCUAUAGUACAAGGGUCAGAGGAAACUCUGGCAGGGUUUCUAGAGAGAUUAAUGGAGGGAUACCGCAUGUAUACUCCCUUUGACCCCCAGGCUCCGGACAGGCAGACUGAGGUCAUAAUGUCCUUCAUUGGACAAUCGGCCCCCAACAUCCGCACUAAGCUACAGCAGCUGGAAGGGCUCCAGGGGUAUACCUUGCCAGACCUAGUAAGAGAAGCUGAAAAGAUUUUCAACAAAAGAGAGACGCCAGAAGAGAAGGAAGAAAGGCUACGCAGAGAGCAGGAGCAAAGGGAGGAAAAGCUGCGUAGGGAACAAGAAGAGAGAGAGAACUUAAGAGACAGAAAGAGAAAUAAAGAAUUAUCUAGAAUCCUGGCCACUGUAGUCUCAGGGACAGAGCAGAAUAAGCCUAGGCAGAAUAGGAACCUGGGAAACAGGAGGAUGCCACCGCUGGAACAGGACCAAUGUGCCUAUUGCAAAGAAAAGGGGCACUGGGCCAAGAAUUGUCCAGUCCGUAUCCAGAAGACAAAAAUGCGCAAGCCUGUCCCAGUAUUGUCCUUGGAAGAAGAUUAGGUGAGUCAGGGCCAGGAGCCUCCCCCUGAGCCCCGGGUAACUCUUAAAGUGGGAGGCCAACCAGUGACAUUCCUGGUUGACACAGGGGCCCAACAUUCGAUCCUUACCCAGACCAAGGGGCCUCUGAGCUCCAAAACAUCAUGGGUCCAGGGGGCCACCGGGGGAAGACUAUAUAAAUGGACUUCAGAGAGAGAGGUCCACUUAUCCACGGGAAAAGUUACUCACUCAUUCUUGCUGGUACCAGACUGUCCCUACCCACUGCUGGGAAGAGACCUUCUCUCCAAGGUGGGAGCCCAAAUUCACUUCCAAGAAAAGGAAGUCUCCAUUACAAACCCAAAGGGUCGGCCUCUCCAGGUACUGACCCUGAGUCUGGAGGAUGAGCACCGGCUACAUGAAGCCCCUCCAAAAUCCCUCUGAAUAGACUCCAAAUGGCUCACCAACUACCCCUUGGCAUGGGGAGAAAUAGCAGGCAUGGGACUGGUCACCCAGCAGCCACCGCUGGUGAUAACUUUAAAGCCUACCACCACCCCAUGUCCAUCCGCCAAUAUCCUAUGGCCAAGGAGGUGAAAAAGGGUAUAAGGCCUCAUAUCCAGAGACUCUUACAAUUGGACAUUUUGAAGCCCUGCCAAUUGGCAUGGAAUACCCCCUUGCUGCCAGUCAAGAAACCUGGCACCAAUGACUGUAGGCUGGUCCAGGACCUGAGAGAGGUAAACAAAAGGACUGAGGACAUUCAUCCUACUGUACCUAACCCUUACAAUUUGCUCAGCACCCUGCCUCCAGGACAUGUGGUACACCGUACUUAAUUUAAAAGAUGCCUUUUUCUGCUUGAGAUUGAGCCCUCAGAGCCAGACCCUUUUUGCCUUUGAAUGGAAAGAUCCAGAGUCUGGAUACUCGGGGCAGCUGACCUGGACCAGGCUACCACAGGGAUUCAAAAAUUCCCCCACCUUGUUCGAUAAGGCUCUGCAUCAAGACCUGGCGGACUUCUGAGUUAACCAUCCAGAUCUGACCCUCCUCCAAUAUGUAGAUGAUCUGCUCCUGGCAGCCGAGACGGAACAAGGAUGCCUCCAAGGUACCGGGGCCCUGUUAAAAAGACUGGGAGAGCUGGGAUAUCGGGCCUCAGCCAAAAAGGCCGAAAUCUUCCAGCAAGAAGUGACUUACUUGGGGUAUCUUCUACGGGAGGGCCAGAGAUGGCUAACCGAGGGACAUAAACAGGCCAUGGCUCUCAGACCCCUGCCCUCUCAUACUAAGAAGCUGAGAGAGUUCCUAGGGAGUGCAGACUUCUACCGCCUCUGGAUACCGGGGUUCACAGAAAUGGUGGCCCCAUUAUAUCCCCUCACAAAGGCCAAUGCUCCCUACACCUGGGGCGAGAAGGAACAGCAAGCCUUUUAUAACAUCAAGAAGGCUUUAUUGUCAGCCCCCGCGUUGGGCCUCCCGGACAUGAAAAAGCCAUUCACCCUAAAUGUGGAUGAAUGAAAAGGGAUAGCAAAGGGAGUCCUAACCCAACAAUUGGGCCCCUGGAAAAGACCGGUAGCCUACAUUUCCAAGAAACUAGAUAAUGUAGCUUCAGGAUGGCCUCCUUGUCUCCGCAUGAUAGCCGCGGUGGCAACCCUAGUCAAGGACUCUGAUAAACUCACUCUGGGGCAACCUCUCACAAUAAUGGCCCCACAUGUUAUAGAGACAGUAAUUCAGCAACCCCCCUGAUCGAUGGCUCGCAAACAUCAGAGUCACCCACUACCAGGCCAUGUUACUGAACCCUGAACGGAUCCGGUUUGGGACAGUUACUUCCCUCAAUCCGGUGACCCUGCUUCCUGAGAAAGUGGAGGAAACUGCAGUAGAGCAUGACUGCCACCUAGUGCUGGCUGAAACCCAUGGCACUCGAGAAGACCUGACGGACCAGCCACUUCUGGAUGCAGACUGUUCCUGGUAUACAGAUGGAAGCAGCUUCCUACAUCAGGGGGAAUGGAGGGCAGGUGCGGCACUGGUGGACGGCACCAACGUGAUCUUGGCAAGGGCCCUGACCCCUGGGACCUCGGCCCAGCGGGCUGAGUUAGUGGCCCUCAUGCAAGCCUUGAAGACAGCCAAAGGUAAGACAGUUAAUAUUUAUACUGACAGCCGGUAUGCGUUUGCCACUGUGCACGUUCAUGGGGAGAUAUAUUGCAGGAGAGGAUUGCUGACCUCCACAGGGAAGGACAUUAAAAACAAGCAAGAGAUCCUGGAUCUCUUAGAAGCCCUUCACCUGCCCAAGAGACUGAGUAUUAUACACUGCCCAGGACACCAAAAAGGAGAUGACCCAAUAGCUCGGGGGAAAUAGAAUGGCCGAUGAAACAGCCAAGGCCGCCACUCUAGGUGAACAGAUACUCACCCUAAAAGAGCCUAGAGAACAGCCCCAAACCCCAAGAUAUAAAUAUUCAGAUAGAGAUCUGGACAUUGUCCAAUAGAUAGGGGCACAAUAUGAUAAACAAGAAGGAGCUUGGAGACUUCAGGACAAAACAGUCCUACCCCAAAAGAUGGCUAGAAUGCUAGUGACUGACCUCCACCACCUGUCCCACCUACAACAUAAAAAACUCAGAGAGCUAUUACAGAGAGAAGAACAGUUCUAUUUCAUACCCAACCUAAAUUCCCUGAUUAAGCAGGUUACGGGGUCCUGUGUUCCCUGCGCCAAGGUGAAUGCCAAUCGUCGGGCAUUGUCAGAAGGAGCCAGAGCUCGAGGAUCCUGCCCAGGAACAAACUGGGAGGUGGACUUCACUGAGAUCCGCCCCUGACGAUAUGGAGCUAAAUAUCUCUUAGUUUUUAUAGACACCUUCUCUGCGUGAGUGGAAGCUUUCCCUACGAAGAAAGAAACAGCACAGGUGGUGGUCAAGAAGAUCUUAGAAGAGAUUUUUCCCCGUUUUGGCCUGCCCAAGGUAAUAGGGUCAGAUAAUGGUCCUGCCUUCAUAUCCCAGGUAAGUCAGUUGGUGGCCAGGAUAUUGGGGCUGAAUUGGAAGCUACACUGCACAUAUAGACCCCAAAGUUCAGGACAGGUAGAACGUACCAAUAGAACCCUCAAAGAGACCCUCACUAAAUUAGUGAUGGAGACUGGCACUAGAGACAGGGUCAAACUCCUCCCCAUGGCCCUGUUCUGGGUUCAGAACACUCCUGCUUUCCUUGGGUUAACCCCCUAUGAAAUUCUCUAUGGGGGCCCUCCCCCAAUAGCAGACUUGUUGGGGCCUGACAUAGACUCCUUUGCUACAUCCCCCAGUCUCCAGGCAUGCCUGAAGGCUCUACAACUCAUUCAGGACCAAGUCUGGAAACCGCUGGCAGCUGUGUACCAAUCCAAACCACCUAGUGUGCUGCAUCCCUUCCAGAUUGGAGACUCUGUUUACAUCUGCAGACAUCAAAUUAAGACCCUGGAACCUCGCUGGUAGGGACCUUACACCAUGUUGCUGACCACCACAACAGCCAUCAAGGUCGACGGAAUUGCUGCCUGGAUACAUGCCUCCCAAGUCAAGUCGGCACCUGCUGAGGCCAACGAGGACCCUACGGCCCCCAGGUGGAAGCUUCAGCGAACUCAAAAUCCUCAAAAGCUCAAAAUCGUGCAUGUCUGACACUGGUCUUCAUAAUGGAGAUGACAGGGACACUGUCUAUGAAUAACCCCCAUAUACCAGGAACAACUACCUGGACCCUGACCGUUGCGGGCACUGAUGUCGUUCUGGAUACUAAAUCCUUCUCUGGCCUAUACGGAGUUGGAUGCCCAAAUAAGAUGAAAGCAGACCUGUAGAUGUUAUGUAACCAACCGUUUUAUUAAAUAAGAAAUACAGAGCCGAUUCAGAGAAGAAAGUCAAGAGGUCACAGCUAAGAGCCUCACCCUUCCUGCUUCAGCGAUCCUCUUCAGCCAAGAGAGCUCUCUGAAAAGGACCUACUUCCUGUGUGUUUGUCUUAUAUAGUCUUUCUGUUCUGCCUUCUCAUUGGUUGUAAACCCAAACACAU